AUGACGCUGGCUCAAACAAUAACUAAAAUGUCUCUGAAGGUGCUUUACACGGUGGAUAAUGAGACCAAUACGUAUUUAACUAGAAGUAAAGCCCCUUUAGAGGUACGUGUGGGUCAAGUGCCUAGUCCCAGUAACGAGAGCACACAGCUGAGCAUAGGAAUGAUAGAACUUCAUCACGUCCUACACGAAAUGUGUAAUUCCUCGCCAGAGUUAUUUGCACCUAAUGUUGACCAUUGCAUGGAUUAUAACGUCUAUUGCCGAGAUGUAUGCGAAGCAGAAGAACCAUUUGUGAGCUACGGACUGCUGUCAAAGCUGCGACAGGCUUCGCAUUUGUCAGAGCCCACGGAGGAGGCGCAAGACGAGGAGUGCGCGGUGGUAGUGGGCAGAGUCUGUUCUAAUUUCUCUGCUCUAUUUCGGUCUAAGAGCUCGGCCGGGACGGCAGAUGAGUUUAGUUCUACGACCAAGUCAUCCCCUCAAACUUUGGAGAUUAAGUUGCGGCUAUCUAGUGUCGCGACAGCGUCUUCCUCGAGGAGGGCCAGCAUAAGCAACUCCUCCAAAAAGCCAGUCUCCGCUGAAGGAAAGCAAAAUGGAAUGCCUCCAAAAAAGCCAUUCAAAACGCAAUUGCAAAAAUCUCAAAUGACAUCAAAGAGACAAACAAAUCCAAGACCAGCUCCAAAGGCCGUCAGGACACAGUCUUUGCCAAUCUGGAACCAGAAUAGAAAUCCACAGUUUGUACUACCAGCCAACUCAAUCGCUCAUAGAAUAUAUCUUGCAGAUCGAAUGACCAAAGAAUCAGAAACGGGAAAGGAAACAACAGCUGAUAAGAAACCUGUAAUAUUUCAAAUUAAUAGUCUACAAAAUGAUAAUACAGUGCAAAAAACAAAGGUUGACGAUUCUAUUUCUAAAAGAUUUGAUUUCAUAAACAAGAAGAAGAUGAAACCUGUCAAGCCAAGCAAUAGGAAAAUGAUCUCGAAAUCAAAAGCAUCUUCAGCAAAAAAGGGAAGGACGGAUAGCAUCACAACCAUAGAAACACCUUUGUCGACUUCCACCAUUCAAACAAGUACUUUUGCUCUUCCAAAGGCGGCCGGAAUUACACCCAGUGAGUUUAAGAUUCUUCCCGAGGAAUCAGUAAUGGAAGAAAUUCUUGGCACGCAACGCAUUAGAGGGGGUGACUUUUUUGAGUUUCAUCAGGAGAAACCGGAGGAUAUGGACAAUAAGGAGAACAUUCCACCCCGCCCAAUGUCCCUAAGCUCACGAUUUGAAGACUUGCUAGAGAUAGAUUUACCUGAUCUAAAGACCCCAAAUGAUAUUGAAAAGUUUUCUACCAAUGCAAAAGAAGAUGACACGAUGGACUGGUUUAAUAGUCUCUUUGGCUCUCCUUUAACCACUCAAAAAGAAGAUCCUCAAACAUGUAAUACACUGCCUAUAGAAGAGGAGGAUCAUGACACGAAUAGAACCAUCACCAGUGAUAUUGACAGGACAUCGCCGAUCGACACGCUUUCUAUGCCUUUGCUGGAAUUGGAUCACCAAAAACAAAAGUCAGGGAACCGCGCUACGCUUUCUUGCAAGGACCAGCUGAGAAGAUUGCCGCUAUUGUCUAAAACUUCAAAGCGUGAAGAAGAUGAGGAUGAAGAUGCUACUUCUAGUGUAAAACAAUAUUCCACUUCACCAAGACCAAAUAAUCAACAAUUUGGAACUAAGCGCCCUCCACCAGUACCUUCGUCGCCCAUAGAGGAUGAAGAGUACCUCGAUGAAAUUACGAAACAAAGAUUGAAGAAGCGGAAGACAAUGCCUUCUUCUCCAACGUCAAUGUUUCCCUACAGGGAAGAUGUUGACGGCGAUGAAGGUACUAAUCACGGUAAUACAUCUAUCAACGAAGAAUUCUCCUUCAGGAAUGAGUGUGGCCUGGAGAACGUCGACUCCACCCCAGCUACACAGUACAGGUCGAGUGAUCUCGACCAUGUUAAACUGGGCGAUGAUAAUUCCGUCGGUAAUAAAUAG